AUGAGGAGGAGAAACUCUGGCAGGAAGAUGCUGAGCAAGUAGAACCACAUGGGAUGUUAUCAGGAAGAUCCAAAGGGAAUGUUUCUGGGAUUUGUGCACUCCCAGAAAAAGCAAAAGCCUUUGAGACUCCGCAGAUGCCAGAGGAAAACUUGAGUAGCCACUCAGACCUUAUUACUUGUGAGAGCAUCAACGUGGAAGAGACACAGUACACAUGCCAUGAGUGUGGGAAAGGCUUAAGUGGGCGCUCAGACCUUUUCACACAUCAGAGACUCCACAGCGGAGAGAGACCGUACAUGUGUUCUGAGUGUGGGAAAAGCUUCAAUCAGAGCUAUACCCUUAUCAGACAUUGGAGAACCCACACUGGAGAGAAACCCUACACGUGCUCUGAGUGUGGGAAAAGCUUCAAUCAGAGCUCAACCCUUAUCAGACAUAAGAAAAUCCACACAGGUGAGAAACCUUAUGGAUGCUCUGAGUGUGGGAAACGCUUCAAUGAUAGUUUAGCCCUCAUCUCACAUCAGAAAAUCCACACAGGAGAGAUGCCCUAUACAUGCUCUGAGUGUGGGAAAAGUUUCAGUAAUAGCUCUGACCUCAUCAAACAUCGUAGAAUCCACACAGGAGAGAGACCCUACAUGUGUUCUGAGUGCGGGAAAAGCUUCAAUCAGAGCUCAAUCCUUGUUAGACAUCAGAAAAUCCACAUGAGAGAGAACUGGAACAAAUGCACUGAGUGUGGGAAAAACUUCUUUAGAAGAUCAGACCUUUCUGAUCAUCAGAGAAUCCACACAGGGGAGAGGCCCUACAAAUGCAGUGAGUGCGGGAAAAGCUUCACUAACAGAUCAGGCCUCUUUCAACAUCAGAGAAUCCACACAGGGGAGAGGCCCUAUGAAUGCCGUGAGUGUGGGAAACGCUUCACUAACAGCUCAUCCCUUUCUGAACAUCAGCGAAUCCACACAGGGGAGAGGCCCUAUGAAUGCCAUGAGUGUGGAAAAUGCUUCACUCACAGAUCAGCCCUUUCUCAACAUCAGCGAAUCCACACAGGGGAGAGGCCCUAUGAAUGCUGUGAGUGUGGAAAAUGCUUUACUAACAGCUCAGACCUUUCUAAACAUCAGAGAAUCCACACAGGGGAGAGGCCCUAUGAAUGCAGUGAGUGUGGGAAAAAUUUCACUUACAGAUCAGUACUUUUUCACCAUCAGAGAAUCCACACAGGGGAGAGGCCCUAUGAAUGCCAUGAGUGUGGGAAAAACUUCACUCACAUAUCAGGCCUUUUUCACCAUCAGAGAAUCCACACGGGGGAGAGGCCCUAUGAAUGCCGUGAGUGUGAAAAAUGCUUCACUACCAGCUCAGCCCUUUCUGAACAUCAGAGAAUCCACACAGGGGAGAAGCCCUAUGAAUGCAGUGAGUGUGGGAAAAACUUCACUUACAGAUCAGGUCUUUUUAACCAUCAGAAAAUCCACACAGGGGAGAGGCCUUAUGAAUGCCAUGAGUGUGGGAAAACCUUCAAGUGCAGCUCGCACCUUAUUAGGCAUCAGAGAAUUCACACAGGGGAGAGGCCCUAUGAAUGCAGUGAGUGCGGGAAAACCUUCACUCAAAGAUCAGGCCUUUUUCACCAUCAGAGAAUCCACACAGGGGAGAGGCCCUAUGAAUGCAGUGAAUGUGGGAAAAACUUUGCUCACAGAUCAGCCCUUUCUGAUCAUCAGAGAAUCCACACAGGUGAGAGGCCCUACGAAUGCAGUGAGUGUGGGAAAAGCUUCACUCAGAGAUCAAGCCUUUUUCGCCAUCAGAGAAUCCACACAGGGGAGAGGCCCUAUGAAAUCCGUGAGUGUUGGAAAACCUUCUCUUAGCACUCAGCCCAUGUUAGCCAUCAGUGAAUCUGCAAGGGAGAUCAAGACCAUAAAAACCUCUAGGGCUAUCAAUACUUUUUUUUUUCUUUGAUACCUUUCCUGAUUCCCACAUAGUAACUUUUUUAAAGCUGUUUGAACUAUUUGCAGCACCCUUAUCCCUCAGCUUGUCCAGGUGAGUGGCCCAUUUUUCCUUUUGCAGUUCGCCCAGUUUUGAAGUGGACCCAUUUGUCCUUUCUGUCAACUCCGUUGUCCCACAAGUCAUUCGAGUGUACCUUUCCUAUCAGGAGCCAGGGAGCAUCACAUUUAUACCAUUCCUCCUAUUGCAAAGUUAUUGUUAGAGUCACCAGUGAUACAGAUUGUAUCAUUGCCAGUUGUUCUCAUGUUGCUCUAGGUAAGUGGUCCCCAACCUUUUUCGUCUGGCAGGCGCCAGAUGAGCCACAGAGGACCGUGGCGGCGGAUGAGCAUCCAGCGAAAUGCCACCGACAAGCGGCAACAGGUUGGGUGCAUUGGAUCUGCCCAACCGGUUAAGAUCCGUCUAAACUCAGCAAAACCCCUUCCCCGAAUACAACAAUACCCCCUGUCAAAACAAGCUGAAGAGGGAAUUCAUCCUGUGAUUAUUUCCCUAAUAAAGCAGGGAGUCAUUGUACCAACAGUCAGUGAAUGUAACUCUCCUAUUUUGCCAGUAAAAAAGUCUGGCAAACAAA